AUGCUAUUGGCUCGUCAUGGGGAUCACCAUUACGCAAACAUCAAGUACGGUUAUGCGCUCCUGUUUAUGUCUGUACUGUACGUGGCGUUCCGAUACGCAGCGCUAAGUUAUUACCACAGGUGCUGGAGUCGGUCGGGCAGGUCGACCAGCAAGCAAGGCCUCGUCAACGUGCCACUAGCAUACACGGUUUCCAUCUUUGGCGUGGUAAUGCUGAUUGUGGAGUUUUUCAAUUUGCAUAUUGAGGAGUUCACCAUACACUUGAAGCGUUUUGGACGACUUGCAUAUGCCCUUACACCGCUCGAUCUGUUUCUUGCCCUCCGUCCAAGUCCGUUUAGCCUCGACAACUAUCUAGACACUUUGCGGUUGCAUAAGUGGGUGUCGCGGGUUAUUCUAGUGUUUGGAAUAUUGCAUAGCGUGGGGUUCCUGCUGCGCUGGCUUGUUCUGGGCACUUUCUCGAAAACGUGGCGACUGCUUAACUUUUAUGGGUUUGUCAUGUUUGUGCUGUUUGAUGUGCUGCUUGGAGUGAACUGGCGGCGUGUCCGGUCGAUCAACUACAGUUACUUCAUUGCUUUUCAUAACUUGGUGAUGUACACAUACUUGAUUCUGACGCAGCUGCACGCUCGUCCCGGAGUGACAUUAUUGUUUGUCCUGAACAUUGCAUUGGUUUCGUACCAGUACGUUAACAGACUUCUCACGACCAAAAGUCUCACUAUUGACAAAAUAUCAGAAAAUAGUGGCUCUGCAUUGCAAAUUGUAAAGCUGCCGCGUGCGUUGCUUCCGGCACAGUUUCUUCCGGGAUGCCAUCUCAGGCUAUCACCGUACUCACUCUAUAACCCAUGUUUCUGGCUGCUUCCGUCGCACCCCUACACUGUGGCAUCAAUCCAGGAAGAGCGCUCUCAGUACGUGUCUUUGGUUGUGAAGAAAAACCGCUUUGCAUUGGAGUCCUUCAGGUCGUACUCAGUGCAGCCGUUCUUCAAAUCUUCCCUUUCACUCAAUUUCUUCCAGACUGCGGAAAGCGUCACCAUCGUAUGUGGAGGCUCUGGAAUCUCGCUGGGGUUGCCUCUUUUCAACUACUUCAAACGCAAAAUACAGCACGAAAAAAAAGAUAUCAAGCUGCUGUGCAUUUGGAUUACGCCAAGCGUGAAGGAUUUAUUUAUUCUUGAGGAACUGGAGGCAGAGGGAUUGGAAGUUUACGUGACGGGUUCUGGCCACGAGGAGGAAGCGGUAGAAAAUUUCGAGGGUCCGGAGACGUUUGAGCUGCAGUCGCUGGACGACGACUUCCAAGCAUACGAGGAGUCGAGUCAGGUGACACGCAGUCCAGAUUUUACCGAUGAAUUUGCCACUGUGGUGAAACAUGGACGCCGACCACGUCUUGAUCAUGUGCUGGCCAAAAAUGUGAACCGCACUAUUGAUUACGCAAAUAAAUGGAUUGUCUCGUGCGGCCCCACUCAGCUCAAUAAGGAUUGUCAACACUUAGCGGAGAAGCUCAAGUGCCAGUUUUUUGGCGAAGAAUACGCCAUGUGA